CUGUGGCUGGCUCUGGUUACAGUUUGAAGUCUAAAAUUAGGGAGGCACCCCGACUGCAAAUGACGCAAGAAGGCUAAAGUGGACGGAGGCUGGUGUCGGUGCCGACAGGACUCCGGUCCAUGGAAACGGUGCCUACAACUUUACUGUUGUCGAUGACAUGGAGCGUAUUUUUAGCCGUUGUUGUCAUCUUUCCGUAACAGCGCGGCUGCGGCGAUCGGUAUAAAGGACUCUUUCAAAAUGCAGCUGUACAACAGUGUGCUGACACACUACCCGAGGUCGUCUCGCAAAGUUACAAUAACUUUGUCGACCGCGUCCGAGCGCUUGAACGGCGCAGCGCAAAGUUCCUGCGAGGCUGACAGGCCGAGGUUUACUCCAGCAGACACAGCUCCGGCGCUCAACGGCGAUCCAGAGGCUUCCGCAAACAUGCCUGCCUUUUCUUGUUACGAGGCUCCAUCCCUGAGGCCAGUUUACUUCACGUCCACCGCUGAGAUAUUAAUCCGCAGACCUGAUGGAGUGGAGAGGUCUGUGCCUGUCCACAUCAUGAGGGAGUCCAAGCCGCCCUCUCCUCGGCCACACAAUGGGGAGGCUGACUCUGAUGUGUUGGUGGAUCUCAUAGAUCAUCUGAGGAAUGGGACUGAGGAACUUUUCCCUGAACACGUCUUCAACAGGAUCACUGUUGCCCCCAGGAUAGAAGGAUACGAGAGGGUGGUGGGAGAUUCAGGUGAGGAUGAUGCAGAUUCACUGACUGAUGCCACCUUCAGAAGCAACGGAUGGGCUUCAAUGCCUGAAGAGGAGCCGGUUCCCCUCAGGGCAGCUCAGCCUGAAGACCCCACAAAGGAGGACUUGAGUGAAAUAAACGGUGGUGAAGCUGCUCCAGAAUCAGAGGAGAGACGGGGGUUUGAGCUCAGCGUUCUGCAGGAGUCUGUUCCUCAGACCUGCCAGGAGAAAGAGGAAACCAACGACAAAGUGGCCCGCUACCUGGCCGAGGUGGAGAAGCAGAACAAGUACCUCCAGGAGAGGCUCAAAUACAGGUACCACGUCAUUCCAGAUGGCAACUGUCUGUACAGAGCCGUGUGCAAGGCCACGUACGGGGACCAGGCGAGACACGGGGAGCUGAGGGAGCAGACGGUGCACCACAUCGCCGACCACCUGGACGAGUUCAACCCCAUCAUCGAAGGGGACGUGGGCGAGUUCCUGAUCAACGCGGCGCAGGACGGCGCCUGGGCCGGAUACCCCGAGCUGCUCGCCAUGAGCCAGAUGCUGAACGUCAACAUCCACCUCACGACGGGGGGCAGCUCGGAGAGUCCCACCGUCUCCACCAUGGUGCACUAUCUCGGGGAGGAGGACGCCUCCAAGCCGGCCAUCUGGCUGAGUUGGCUCAGCAACGGUCACUACGACGUCCUCCUGGACCGAUGUCUCCCCAACCCGGAGUAUGAGGACUGGUGCCGGAACUCACACAUGCAGAGGAAACGAGACGAGGAGCUGGCAAAGUCGAUGGCAGCCUCAUUAUCCAAAAUGUACAUUGAACAGAACGGUUCUUUGUGAAAGACAUACUGACAUGUAAUGGCUGUACACUGUUAAAGAAGACUGCAGAACUGUCGUCUCUGCUCGGUUUCUACAUGCUUGAAAUUAUUUUUUAUAAGAUUUAUAUCCAGAGUGAAAAGAAGUGCAGUGCACAUACUUUGGUUUUUGUAUCUGCCAGCAUUUCCAGAUUAGCGCUAGAUGUCUCUGAAAGUGUUUGAAAGUGUGUGAGGCUGUUCUUCUCGAUAGUUUGGGUUAUGUUGACAUGAGUGAAAUACUUUGAUGCUGUUCAGAUGCGGCUAUAAAAGUGCUUUUGGAGUGUACAGUAUUUAUUUGCCUUUUCUUGGCAGUUAUUUUUCUAUCAUGCCUGUACUUUGGCAAUUGCCAAAUAUAAUAUUUUCGAAUACAGGGAGACCUGGGCUGCAUUUUUUCCCCCCUCAUAGCUUCGUUGUUUAAUAUCUGUAUAGAUUCUCUCUUUUGCACAAUCCUAUCAGAUUAGUUCAGAGAGUUUGAUUUGUCUCUUUCUCAAAUAUUCCUGUUUUUUUUUUUUAGUGAUUUAACAAAAUAUUUCAAAAUAAAAUACUAAAGAAUCCUGA